UCUCCCCCUCCUUCUCCCCUCCCUCUCUUCCCCCUCCUCCUCUUCCUCGUCCUCCUCCUCCUCCUUCUCCUCCGCCCAUCACGGCCACUACGAACGCCUUCGCCUCCUUCUACACCUCGCGCCGCCGCCGCCGCCGCCGCCGCCGCCGCUCCUCGCGCUCCCCGCGGCUCACACCAGCCCGUGGCUCCCCACUCUCGGCUGCAGCAGUCUCUCGCUCUCUCUCGCUCUCUCCUCUCUCAAGUUUUCUGUCUCUUCAGGAUUAGGGCAAAGGGAGGAAAACACCGAUUUCUGCUUGCUGUUUCAGAGCGCCGAUGAAGACAAAACCGAACAGCCACAACAUGCAGUUGCUGCUUCUUGUUCUCUUAGUGUGGGACCCUGCCAGGUUGGUUCUGGCUAACAUCCAAGAAGAUGAAGCUAAAAAUAACAUCACCAUCUUUACAAGAAUUCUAGACAGACUUCUGGAUGGCUAUGAUAAUCGGCUUAGACCAGGACUGGGAGACAGUAUUACUGAAGUCUUCACUAACAUCUACGUGACCAGUUUUGGCCCCGUCUCAGAUACAGAUAUGGAAUAUACAAUAGAUGUUUUCUUUCGACAAAGAUGGAAAGAUGAACGUUUAAAAUUUAAAGGUCCUAUGAACAUUCUUCGACUUAACAAUUUAAUGGCUAGUAAAAUCUGGACUCCAGAUACCUUCUUUCACAAUGGGAAGAAAUCAGUCGCUCAUAAUAUGACAAUGCCAAAUAAGCUGCUUCGAAUCCAGGAUGACGGCACUCUCCUGUACACAAUGAGGCUUACAGUCCAAGCUGAAUGUCCAAUGCACUUGGAGGAUUUUCCAAUGGACGCUCAUUCGUGUCCUCUGAAAUUUGGCAGCUAUGCAUAUACAACCUCAGAGGUCACUUAUAUUUGGACUUACAAUGCGUCUGAUUCAGUGGAGGUCGCCCCUGAUGGCUCCAGGUUAAAUCAAUAUGAUCUGCUGGGCCAGUCAGUUGGGAAGGAGACUAUUAAAUCCAGUACAGGUGAAUAUACUGUAAUGACAGCUCAUUUCCAUUUGAAAAGAAAAAUUGGGUAUUUUGUGAUUCAGACAUAUCUGCCGUGCAUCAUGACUGUCAUCCUCUCCCAAGUGUCAUUCUGGCUUAACAGAGAAUCUGUGCCCGCCAGGACAGUGUUUGGAGUAACGACUGUUCUCACAAUGACCACUCUAAGCAUCAGUGCUCGGAACUCUCUCCCCAAAGUGGCUUACGCGACUGCCAUGGACUGGUUCAUCGCCGUGUGUUACGCUUUUGUGUUCUCCGCCCUAAUUGAAUUUGCAACUGUAAAUUACUUCACCAAAAGAGGAUGGGCUUGGGAUGGGAAGAGUGUAGUAAAUGACAAGAAAAAAGAGAAAGCCUCUGUCAUGAUACAGAACAAUGCUUAUGCAGUCGCUGUUGCAAAUUAUGCCCCCAAUCUUUCAAAAGAUCCAGUUCUCUCCACCAUCUCCAAGAGUGCGACCACGCCAGAACCCAACAAGAAGCCGGAAAACAAGCCAGCGGAAGCCAAGAAAACCUUCAACAGUGUCAGCAAAAUUGACAGAAUGUCUAGGAUAGUUUUCCCAGUUUUGUUUGUGUGAUUCUAUUAUGUGCUUCGCAUGAUUGUGUAAUACCAAGGUCACAAAUGCAUCUUAUUAACAGAAUUCGCAAUGAAGAAAGCCUUGACAUUAAAAUUCCCUCACAAAAGGUAAUCCAUAAUUCUUAAUAAAAUGAAAUAAAAUUGUGAUAUGAGCCAAGAAACGUAUUUCUUUAAUUCCCUUGCAAUAACAUUUUUCUUUGUCAUCUAAAUAAUUUUAAAAUGUACACUAUAUUAACACACUGAAAUAGGAGGUAUGCCACUUUUUUUAAAUGUAGCAUAGCUCUUCUGUGUAGUUUGGGAAGUGUGCAAUUGUAUGAAAAAAGGAUGCAAUUCUUAGAGGCAAGCAAUCAAAUGUUUUGCCUAGAAUGCAUUAUUAGACACUUACAGAAUAUUUUCCUAUGAGGCCUGCAUUGCCCCCAUAAUGUCUGACUAUAAAUUACAAAUUUGUACAUAUAUACAUAUGUAAAAAUAGUUGUAAAUAACAGCUUCUGUAUAACAGAAAAGGCUCACCUGUACUUUGGGCAAAGGGCUGCAAUUAUAUUUAUGGCACCAGAUUUAUUAACAUUUAUGGAAGAUUAACUAGAAAACUUGUUUUCAUGUUCAUAUUUUUAAUUUCAAUUCUUGUUUGAACUAGUGACAUUCUGACCUUUAGAUUUUCCCAAUGAUGUGGAUCAGAAUCCUCUGUUACUUUUCUGACUUUAAAAAUUAAAAUCCUUUUUACAAUUGUCUUAUUCUUUUGAAAUUUAAAUAAGUCAAAAAAAGAUUUUGCUCUUGUGGAGAGAGUGAGGAAAAAGGAUUUUUUUUCCAUGGAAAAAGGAUUUUUAAAUUAUAGAGGCAAAGUCUUACAAUUCUUCUCCCUUCCAUUAACCAGUUUAAAAUCAAAAUGAAAAUGAAAUUAAUUCAUCACAGUAAGGAUAACAUUUUAUAAACUAUCAUUGGUCUUUUUUGCCCAUAAAAUUACACCUGUUUUCUGCAGUUGCACAAUGACAUAAAGAGUUAUGGUAUGUACAAAAUGUAAAUACAUGUACAUAUAUAAUCUCAUUAUUGUAUAGCUACUAUUCUGAUUCGCUAUUCAUUAAAAAAUAUUUUCCCUCCUGCUAUGUGCCAUGCCCUGAAGUUGGUAUUAAUUAUCAUUCAUCUCACAUCCACUGAAUUUAGUUGAAAAUUAAAGUACAUCUCAUUCAUAUAAGGACAUAAAAGAAUAUCUGAAACAUGUUAAUUUCAUACUGAGAGCUGAUACCACAGUGGCCCAAGCUGGUGGCUGUUUUGUUCUUUUCUGCUAUUCAUGUUCCUAAUGGUUUGAUUAUAAAAAUGGAACAAAUACAACCAUUUAAGACCUUUUAAAGACGUCAAUGAUUUUUCAAGUGCCAAUCUUAAUGUUUAGAAAUCUUUUCAGGGAUUUCUCUAUUUCAAAUUUAUCUCAGGUUUGGGUAAGUGAUCCCUUAAGCCAUGUUUAUAAGUGUUUUUAAUAGUUCAUAGUUUAUUUUAGAAAUAACACAUAGGCUAUUAUUUUACCCAUAUUUUUUCUUUGGCAAAUAUAUUUUGGUAAAUAUAUUUGGUAUAUACAAAUACGCAAUAUAUAUGUAUGUACCAAAUAUACACCUCUAUAUACAUUUCCGUGGCACUUUUUGUAAUCCUAGCUGAGAGAACUAGACUCUGUCAUGAUAUCCUCAUGAAUUCUGGGAGAGAACCAAAGCCCUGUAGAGACUGUACUUGGACAUGCCCUGUCCUCAUUCCAGUGGCAGAAAAAGGAAGUAGCUCGACUCACCGACACUGACAGUUCUUCAGCAUCUGUUAAGAAUUUGUUUCGUAUCUUCCAUACUUUAUACCCUCAGACACAGGUCUGUGAAACAUAAAAAUAUUUUUUGCUUAAUUUGAAAAUUUGGGGUCAUAUUGAUAGGUUUUCUAAAUAAGGUAUUUCUUUUAUUAGCCCCUGGAACUCCUACAUCCAUCUGCAUAUUUUUGAAGCAAUUUACAAUCUCUUUCCAUAUGGAAAGAUUUAAAAUGUCAAGGAAACCACUAACUGACUCCUUGCUGCUCUGUAAUGCCAUUUAUUUUCCUUUUAAUUGAAGUCCCAUGGGCACUGUGUGUUUCCCUUUUGUAAAUCUAAAUUUAAACUGGGGAAUGGUGUCGUUAUUUUUGACACCUGCAUGCUUUGGGAACAUGGAGACUGUACCAAAACCACCUGUAAUGGUGUGGUUUGGGCAAGACAAAUUAUAUUUUUCUCUCUUGAAUUUAUGCUUUGACAAUGAAAGUCAGUAUUUAAGAAUUCUUUAAUAUCCAUAAUUUUGCUAUUAAAAUUUAUAUUAAAGAUAUUAAUAUUUUCAUUAGUAUUUAAGAGCUCAUAUUUUCAUCAAAUUCAAAGAGAAAAACAGGGACAGAAGUAUCAAAGAGAAGAACCCACAGGAAAAGUGAGGCUACUGCUUAUUAAACACGGUGAAAUAUUUUCCCUUUUUAACUCCUAAGGAAGUGAAUAAAUUAUAAAUACCUAUGUAUAUACACAAAUAUUUAAUACCUCAUGAUUCUAUCAUAGUGAGGAUCAUAACUAAAUUACUGAAAUAGAGAAAUUUCAUGUAAAAGGCAUUUGAAAAUGUAUUGAUCAAUAAAUUAUUCAAAAUCUAAUUAUUAAGAGAAUUAUAUAUCAUUAAUUUUUUGUUAAAAUUCUUAAAUAUCGGUAUAUAUAGAUCACCAUGUUUUCUGUCUUGUUUAGUUGAAAUAUUAUAUUUUUUUGUUUACAUAAUGACUUUUAUUAUAUAGGUAAUUAUAUACCCCAUCUCAAACCAUUUAAUAUAUAACAUUAGAUUAUAUUAUCAGUAGGGGAAAAUAAUUAACUGCUUCAUAUUACAGUAAUAUUUCCAAAGAAUCUUUCACAAAGUCUUAGCUUUGUGUAUGUGUGUGUGAGUAUAAUUUCCAGGUAAUGAAAGAACAUUUUGAGAAAUUCAGGUAAAUUUAUGAAAUCCAAACAAUUUAUUAAUGGAGGCAAUCACAAAUCACAAAUGUAGCUCUAGUAACUAGCAAGUAACUUAGUCAAUGGCAUAGGUUUCUAAAUUAAUCCAUAACAAACUUGUUAAUUAGAAUUAGACUUGAUCUAACACAUGAUUAGAAAUAUUCUUUCUAUAUUGGUAUAACUGUAAACACGUUUCUGAUGUGUUACUGGUUGUUUUUUUGAGAUACUAAGUUAAAAAUUAUCUUGUAAUUCUACUUUAGACUAGAAGUCUUCAAAAUUCCACAUGUGUCAAUGGAGGCUCUUUUAAAAGCUAAGUAUUUGGUUGAUUGUUGGCAAGUAUCAAAUUAUCAUUACUGGUUAGUUUUAUAUCUAACCUUUUAAAUUGAAACUAUCCUGAAUAUAUCCUUCUGGAGCACUCAUCAUAUUAUAGUCAAUGUUCUAAGCCCUUCCCAUAUAUUACCUCAUUUAAUCUGCACAACAACCGUAAUCACUGUGUGAUUCUUGAAGUCUGGAAGUCUAGAAUUUCUAUAUAUUGUGGUACACUAACACCCAAGCUAACAUAUAUUUUAGGAAAAGUAUAACUUAGGAUAAAAGCUGUAUUUUUGUUGCUAUAGUUCAAAUUUAUAUUUAUACCUUACUUUUUGAAAACAUCUAUCCAUGAGGAAAGUCUCUAUCUGCUUUCCACACCAGAAAACCAAACACUAACUAAUGAACACACACUAACCAAGAAAACUGUACUAUGUAGUAACUGAGUAUCCAUUUUUGUGACAUUACUUGUUCACUAACUUUAGUUACAAUUUAGUGUCUGGGAAUACAUUGCAUUUUUUCGUUUUUGGUUCAUAAAUAAUGAUCCUGUAUUUUAAAAAAUGAUUAAAGUUGAUGAAGUACACAAAUGUAAUCACUACUUUCUUCUUUUUUUUUCUUAUUUUCCCAGUUUUGUUAGUGGUUGGAGAAAUUUUUAUUUGCCAUAUUGUUGGUAUCAUAACAUUCAAUCCAUUAAACUUCAAGAGUUAUAUAUUGAGUUCAUCAACACUUUAUUGUAAAUGACUAUUUACAGAAAGGAGACUAAAUUAGUUCCAUUAAUUAAUUUAUUAAUGCCAUUGUUUGGAUUGAAAGUGUUGAAUUGGCUUAGUUGAUGUGGAAAUUUCAGUUUUUCAUGCUUCUUUUUAAAGACUUUACCAUAGCAUACUGCCAAAAUGUAAGCCUGUAUUACUUAAUAGAUAUGAGUACCCCAACAAAGUUUAUCUAAAAAAGAAAAACUGGUACUACAAAAGCAGAACAAAGGCAUUAUAUGCAGACCUACUUUAGAAAGAACAGGUUAUAGAUUUGUCCAGAAUUUAUUUUUAUAGAUUCAACAUAGUAGUUGAAGCAGUCACUUGAGCUUUAAAUUUAGCAUAAUGUGUAAAGAAGUUUAAUGUAUGAUUAAAAAGACAUACGUGAAACCAAAGUAUUGAGCCACAAUUUUCAAGAAGUAAACUUUCCAUCCUUGAAUAAGUUCUCGAUUGUGUUUUGAUCUUUGUGUGCUUGAUUUUGAGUUUCUUGGUAUCCUAUUGAUUUCCAAGAUUUUCCUGAGCAGAUACAAAUCAGGUUUGGUGUGCUUUAAGUGGAGGAAUAUAACCUUUGUUGAGAUGCUUCCACUGGAGAUGAUGUGCAUGGAAACUUUACAAAGCUUCGUGCUUGUUGCUAAAUUAGAAAAUAAAGAAAGCAAAAAGGAAUGAACUAUAUCCCCUCAUUACAAAUUAAUACUAAAAUCACAUGCACAGAAGAUAUAGAAUGAAAGUCCAAUAGUAAACUUUGGAUAUUCACAUGAUGUGAAAUUUGAAAUUUUCUGGGUGACAAUCUACUCAUAUGGUAGAUUUUCUGGUUUAAGAAAAUAAUUAAAGAACUAAUAAUAUUUGUAAUUUGUGACCUUGUUGUAAUUGGGAAAAGCCACUAGUUUUCACAUAUGUAAGACAGUUUGACCUAUAUUGAAUGUGUCACUAUGCUUGCUGUUUUAAAAAUUUCUAAUUAAUACCAUGCAAAUUAAUGCUAAACAUUACCUUUUUGUACUUAUUAAAAUUAAUUUAAAUAUA